UGUCACAAUGAAAGGAGUUGGUGCCAACCCGGAGGCGGGAGGUGCUUUACUUUGGUAAAACAUCACCUGGGAGGGCUUUUCCUCCAGGCUCACAGUGGCCCCCCAGCCGCCAUUGCACCCCUUCAUCAACUGAGGGGAUGUGGGGAUGUGGGGCUGUGGAUGUGGGGGUGGCCGCCCCGCAGUGCCCCAUGGCUGAGGUGCGGUCCCUCCGCAGCGCUGUGUGUCACCGCCAUGCGCAGAGCAGCGCUGGGUCCCAGCCAAGAGGACAAGCCCGGGCCGGCCCAGGAGCCAUGGCUGUCCCAGAGACAUCGCUGAAAAGGAGGACGCGGGGAGAUGGAGGGCAGAGCGCUGAGGGGAGGAAUGAAACGGGGAGGCUCGGGGGCUGCUGCAGUGCUGGGCAGGCGUCAAGGGACCAAGGGCUGCACACGGGGCCCAGAGCCGCCAUCGGAGCGGAGCACCGCCGCCACGCGGGGAGCAGGAAAACACCACCACAAAGCCAGAAAGAAGAAGGCUGGCUCUGCUGCAUGCCGCAAGGACUUCGGCCACGGGGGGAACCCUGACCCGGCCCAAAGUGACGCCAGGGGGACACAGGUGGGCACGGAAGUCAGCGCGGUUUCAUCAUCAGCCUCCACGGUUUUGGAUCCUGGUCAGACGGAGCUCACUCUUUCUGCUUGGUUUAACGAAAGCCUUCGUUGGGAUGGGAUCCUGGAGGACCCCGCGGCGGAGGAGGAGAGGCUGCGAACCUACAGGCUGAACAGGAGGAAGCGCUACGGGCUGCACCUCCAGCAACAAACACCCUGGCUGCUGGGCGUCCCCCAUCACCACACCACGGCUCCAUGCUCCCAUCACACAGAGCAUCGCUGCCAUUAUUUUCCAGGGGAGCAAACAGCUCCCGAGCACUGAGGGAGCCCAGGGGCUCCGAGCCACCGCACAAAGAAGGAGGUGUUUGCAUUUUAAAAACGUUUGCUGAGACACAGACCCAACUCAAGGCUGCUGCGAUUGAAAGCGUUCCUGCCUGCACUGCCCUCUGCCCGCAGGGUCACUGCUUAUUGCUCUUAGUCCAUUCCCAAGCAAUACUGCACUCGGUUUUCAUGAAGCUUAACGUAGAGCACGUUCCCCUCCUACUUUUAUGCCCUCUUUAUUUACUAACAUAGCAUUUGAGCGUCUACAUAUUGUCCAAAAUUGAACAGAAAUUCCUAUCCGGUUAAAUACUUGUGUUUAUAAAGGACUUUGUUUGUGGGAUACGCCAAAACCCACACCAGAAUCUCUCCUCACAAAUGAAGCUACAGCAGGUGAGAGACUCGCAUCCCAGGAGGGAUUUUCAGCUGCCUUCACAGCCCUUGUUCCUGUCGUCCUAACCUGAUAAAGCCACCACAUCUGUGAUUUUAUAGUACAGAUGGUUUCACACCUUCCUUGCAUAUGUAAUAACAGCAACACAUGAUGCAAGAGAAACAAGGGGGAGGGGAGAUCCCAUAUUUAUUGCUGUGCAAAUGCCAUCAUAAACACGGAAAAGCUUUGAGUGAAAAAGGACUGAAAAAUGAGGAGACUUCCCCCGCGCUUUUCAGAUGGUUUAUUAUCGGUGAAGUAAAAGACAACUGAAAAUGAGAGGGGGAGGCAAACUCCGCAGCCAUCAGAACACUCGCACAUUGCUGAUCAGAGCUUUGCAGAUGUCGGGACAUAAAUAAUGUAAAAGGCACCUCUACCAAUUAAAAUCCAUUACAAGGG